ACGUAAUAACCAUCAAGAAAACAAUAUUGCUCGUCGUAAGACUCGCUUAGUUUAAAUUUAGUCAGUAAAAAACUCGGAUGUAACUUCGGUAUAGUGUCGAAUAACAACAGUGAUUGAAAAUUUCUACACAAUGGAAGUGAUCAAAGAUGUGAAAAAAUUGAUAAAUCAAGCGCUUGGAAAAGAGAAUAUGUUCGGAUUCAAGACAACAUUAGCUAAUCAGAUGUAUUUACUAUUCUGCCUCAUCGGUAAUGUAUAUUUCACUGAAAAAAUACAUCGAAAAACGAAACUGGUAUGGUUCUGCUGCGCUAACGGAGUAUUGCUAUUUGUUGGCUUUUCAUUCAUAUUUUGCCUAAUAUUUGCUAAACCAAUGGAAGAUAUUUUAUUACUGGUUUAUAUGGUGUACGAGGUCACAUACACUUCGAUGGAAGUAAUUGUGAAGCCUGCAAUCGCAAUAUUUUGGUACAGAGAUGAAAUAGAGCAAAUGAUUUCCAUGGCUGAUAAAAUACUUUUGAAGCAACAAUUAACCAAAGGAAGUUAUGAAAAUGACCUCGAUGUAAAUAAAAUAAUGAAGUAUAGUUCUGUUGUACUCGUAAUGUCAAUUUUACUGUAUAAUACGAUUACUUUAACAGAUCUGAUUUUAUUUUAUGAAGAAGAAAAGGUCAAAAAUUAUAUGUAUUACGUAACACCGCUUCCUGGACUCACAAAGUUCGGAUCUAUGACCCUUUACAUGGCAUAUACAGUUUUAUUUAGCAGUUUUUCAUUUGGUGGCUUCAUUCUUAUCAUAUUGCAUCGAGUUUUUGCGAUACCUUGGGCAGUAAUAUGCCACAAUGAGACACAACGUAUAAUUAAGGAGUUGAACUCGGUGAGUGAAGAUGUUGACAUAAAUAUCGACACUUUCAAACGUAUAGAACCGAAAUUCAGAUACGUGAUGAGAAAAUGCAUUCGCGAUAUAAACGAUCUCAACAGGUUUGUUACAAGUUUCAGAGGAUUUUUUGAAACCAUAGCAAGUUUUGUUCUGCCUAUCACACUAUAUGUAUCAGUUACUCAUGUUUUGAUGGCUAUAUCGCCAGGUUUAUCCUUCGUUAUCAGAAUGAGAGAACUUUUUCCUUUCUUCUACUCGAUUAUAGAAGUCUACUUAAUAUGUUGGGUUGGAGCUACAUUGAAACAAACUGUAUCAGAUUUGUCUUUUGCUGUAUACUCUACACCAUGGUAUUGGUUGAAAAGCAUUCGCAAAGAUGUUUAUAUACUUCUAUGCCAAACACAAGCUGAAAUCAAUCUGCGAGCUUUGAGCGUUUAUCCGCUCACAUUGUCAACAUUUUUGCGGUUCUGCAACGUUAUCAAUUCUACAGUAAAUGUUUUUCGUGCAUAUACAAAUUAGUUAAAAUAAGCUCUUUUUUUUAAGGGGACCCAAAUCCCGACCUCCUGGUUUAUUAGAACUCACAUUUUUUCCCCCAUCAUCAUCAACUUUUUUUUACUUUUACUAGCGAUUGCUAAGUGUCUAAAGUUAUUUUUAAAUUUAUAAUAGAUAUUAGGUCAUAAUAUAUUUUAUAUAGUUUUAAUCAUCAAAUUUGCAGUGCAUCCACAAGCUGUCUUGCUUCAGUAUUAGGUGGUCUGGCAGUCUCUAGUGGCAUCGUAUUGCAAAUUUACAAACUUCUUCUACAUGAUCAUGCUAGGUGUCUUGAGAUCCCAAUGGAUUUGAUCAUUGUAAACAUACAAGGGUGUACAGGUGACUUUAUGCAGCCAUUUGUUCUGACAUACAGGGUGCCCAGAAAUAUCGAGCACCCCUAAGAAAGUUUUUCAUUAAAAAUAUAGGUUGGCAACGUGAAAUAGAUGCAUAUGAUUGGUGGAAUGUUAUCUCUCCAGUCCAACAACUAAUCAUGCGCUAUCAUUAUUAUCAUUCACUGUGACCAACCAAAGUAUUUUGGUAGAAAACUUUUUUAGGGGUGCUCGAUAUUUCUGGGCACCCUGUAUGUAUAUUUUUUCAAUGAUACUUUUUUUUAGCUGUUCAUGUUUCCUAGAAUAAGAGUGCUCCGCAGGUCCAAAUUAAUUUAACGAUUGUUUUAUAAAUCAACAGCUUUUUCUGAAGCGACGUUUUCUUACUCAGUAGCUAUUGCAUAUUACACAGCUUUAGGUUGACUUCAUCUCAUUUCUUUUCGAUACAUGGGUUCUCCAUACCUACACAAGAUUUCUUACAUGGUAGUUUAUAAAUUCAUAUGCACAAGAAGUUCUAAUAACUAACAGAUAAGGCUAUCUUAAUUUAUACCUAUUUUUUUAAAAUACAUAAUAUACCUAAUUAUUAUAUGCAUGUACCUACUUAUUUGUUAAUGUACGCUGUAGGGACCUUAUCUGCUGUAACCACUUACUCAUAUAACAGACUUUUUGAAGGUACCUAUCACUGGUUUUUGAAAAUCUAGUAAAUUAUUUAUAACCAAGUACAAGUACCUACUACGUUGCGUCGAUAUUUUUAUAUGAUGAAUGGUAAAUUUCUAGUUAGUUUUCAGAGGUUUUUAAUUUUGCUGCUUUUAUUUCAAAAUUGUUCUACAAUGCCACAGUGUACUCGUUUAUUUUCUGUAUUAAUCGUUCUAAUACCCCUUGUUUGAACAUUCGUGUAGUUUCAUCUUUAAUUUAUAAUUAAGUACCUAAACCUAUACAUAAUUGUGUACCAUUUCAAGUGUAACUGUUACUUAAUUAUUUUUCACGAAUAAACAAGUUGUGCACGUUC